GGCGCGGGGCGCGGGGCCCAGGGAGGGGCUGCGUCCGCGGCCGGCCGGCCCGUACUGCGCCUGCGCGGGCCGAGGGCGGCGGCUCGGGCUGCUGGUCGGCGCUGUCCGCCCGUGCGCCCCGGCGAGAAGGCGGCUGAGAAAUGGAGGGGAAAAUGAAGUAUUAAAAGUGGCAGCUAUGCGGCAGAUCCUAAGAGAACCAUGGCAACACCAGGUGACUGCCCCCGAGAUGAACCGCAGGAGGGAGAAGAUCACGUGGAGUGCGGUGACCAGGAGCAUCUCCAGGAGCUUGUGCACCCGGAAGAGUUUGUGGCCAUCGCAGACUACUCUGCCACUGACCAGACGCAGCUCAGUUUUUUAAGGGGAGAAAAAAUUCUCAUCCUGAGACAGACAACUGCUGACUGGUGGUGGGGCGAGCGUGCCGGCUGCUGUGGGUACAUACCUGCAAACCACCUUGGGAAGCACCUGGAGGAGUGUGACCCUGAAGACACGUGGCAGGAUGAAGAGUACUUCGGCAGCUACGGGACCCUGAAACUUCACUUGGAGAUGUUGGCAGACCAGCCGCGAACUACUAAAUACCACCAUGUUAUCCUGCAGAAUAAAGAGUCCCUGAAAGAUAAAGUGAUCCUGGACGUCGGCUGUGGGACUGGGAUCAUCAGCCUGUUUUGCGCACAUUAUGCGCAGCCCAAAGCAGUGUAUGCGGUGGAGGCCAGUGAGAUGGCCCAGCACACAGGGCAGCUGGUCAUGCAGAAUGGCUUUGCCGACAUCAUCACUGUGUUCCAGCAGAAGGUGGAGGAUGUGGUGCUGCCGGAGAAGGUGGACGUGCUGGUGUCCGAGUGGAUGGGGACCUGUCUGCUGUUUGAGUUCAUGAUUGAGUCGAUCCUGUAUGCCCGGGACGUGUGGCUGAAGGAGGACGGCAUCAUCUGGCCAACCACGGCCGCCCUGCACCUGGUGCCCUGCAGCGCCGACCGGGACUACCGCAGCAAGGUCCUGUUCUGGGACAACGCCUACGAGUUCAACCUCAGCGCCCUCAAAUCUUUAGCGAUUAAGGAGUUUUUUUCGAAGCCCAAGUACAACCACAUUUUGAAGCCAGAAGACUGUCUGUCUGAACCGUGCACCAUCCUGCAGCUGGACAUGAGAACCGUGCAGAUCGCUGACCUGGAGACCAUGAAAGGCGAGCUGCACUUUGAGAUCAGGAAGGCCGGCACGCUGCAUGGAUUCACGGCCUGGUUCAGUGUCCGGUUCCAGAGCCUGGAGGAGGACGAGCCGCAGCUGGUGCUGAGCACAGGCCCAUUUCACCCAACCACCCACUGGAAGCAGGUGCUGUUUAUGAUGGACGAGCCCGUGUCCGUGCUCUCGGGAGAUGUGGUCACAGGCUCGGUUGUGUUGCAGAGAAACCCUGUGUGGAGGAGGCACAUGUCCGUGGCGCUCAGCUGGUCCGUCACUUCCACACAAGACCCCACAUCGCAGAAAGUUGGAGAGAAGGUCUUUCCCAUCUGGAGAUGAUGGUCGAAGUUGUGGGAAGCAGGUGCUGCAGGAACGAGCCGGGCGGAGACGCGCUUGGAUGUGAGCCCGUGUUCCUGUGGCCCGCGAGCUCCCCUGCCCGGCGGCGGGACACCCGUGUGCGUGUGCGCUCCCUUCCUCGGGGCCUCCACAGGCGCCGCGUGGGGCUCGGCGGGGACCCGUCACCCCUGUCACUGCCCGUGUCUGUGCUCUAGAAGUAGGCUAUGUCCCCAGGUGUCCACAGUCUGGCUCGUGGCCGAGUCGGUGGCACCGUGUCCCUAAGCUAGGUCUAGAUCUCAACUCGUAGGGCACACGCGCAUCAACCUUGUACUCCUGUGAAAGUGGCUGUUCACGCAUCAUGUGUCAUGGUGUCCUUGCUGCCCGGGUCCCUCCCUGUCGUGCGAAGGUGGGCGCCCCAAAGCCGUGCAGGGCCUGGAGGCGGCGAUGCAUGUGACGGGACUCUGCAUGGAUAGUACAGUCGUAGAGAUGUCUUCCACGUAAAUUAUGUGUUGGCGCAUAGCACAUACUCAAUAAAUAUUUUUAAAGAAAUGA